AUGCCCGACUUUGCAUCUGUGACCUGUCUUCCUCACAACCUCUUGCUGUGUGCGUUAUUUGUGGUUUACGAAUCCCGGACAGGAACUGGGAUCCUUUGGACGCCGAUCUUGCCGCCUCUUCCAGGUCCCCUAAAAACCAAGCAGGCACUGGCUGUGGGGAACCCUGGCAAGCAAAGCUGGCGGCUCAUUCACGGACGAGCAGGUCUGGGAAACUGGGCGGUUUCGCCACCUUCUUCAAGCAACUUUGUUUCCACCUGCAGAGGCGUCCUGGCGAAAACGCCAUUCAGCUCUUUAUUCACUUCAGAUCACUACCCAGGAACCUUCUCUGUUCUUCUUUAUUCCGUCCUUGCUCCGGCAUCGUUUGAUGCUGCCUUUAUAAAAAGCGGCAGACAGCCCACCGCGGGAUAG